UUGUUCACUAGUCAUAAUUACAAAAUCGUUGAAACAAUUUCAGGAACGUACGAUCCAAACUACCAAACUUUGGCUGGUAUUGGUGGCGAAGUGUUUGGUGCUGAUAAGGCAGGUCCUGGAGCAGGUGCUGCUCCUCAAGCACUAAAUGCACCAGCAGCAGGUGCUGCUCCUCAGGUACCUGCUGGUGGUGGAAUGGCUGGUAAGUUGCAAGCAAUAAUUUUUUCAGGAACAUUUGAUCCAAACUAUCAAACGUUAGCUGGUAUAGGUGGUGAUGUAUUCGGCGCUGAUAAAAAAGCAACUGGUGGAAACGAUGGUGCUAGACCAAAAGCUCCCGAAAAUAAAGAAGCUAAAGCUGGCGUAUAUGAUCCUAAUUAUCAAACUUUAGCUGGAGUAGCCGGUGAUGUAUUUGGUGAGGAUAAAAAGAAAAAUGCUGAACGUGUUGAAGAACCUCGAGCACCAGAAAACAAAAAUGCAAAAGCUGGCAUUUAUGACCCAAAUUAUCAAACUCUUGCUGGUGUUGGCAACGAUGUGUUUGGCCAAGACAAGAAGAAGUGA